UCUUGAUUGAAUAACAACAGAUUCUACAUAACAUUUUAAGCCACUAAAACUCUAUUUAAAUCACAAACGAUAAUACCCCCUUAUUAUAGUUUCAGUUUGCUUCAAUCACAGUUUCACCUUCUUCUUUUUUUUUUCUUUCUUUUACUUAGAAUGGAGCCAACACACAAAGCUUUGCCCGUAGGAUUCAGGUUUCGUCCUACAAACUGUGAGAUUGCAAACUAUUUCUUGAAGAAAAAAGCUUUAGGACAACCCAUGAAAGCUCGUACGGUACCUGAAGAGUGUCAUGAUGUCUUCUCGAGACAUCCUCGUGAUUUUCCUGGCUAUCCAAAAGAAGAGCACUGGUACUAUUUUUGCAGAAAACGUAACAACCAAGUUACUAGUAACUCUCCUAAUCUCUGGACACCAAUCGGAGAAGAAACUAAUGUGUUAGAUCCAAAGAAUAAUGGUGCCUUAGUCGGUAUCAAACGUCGGCUUACUCUCAUUGCGCAAGAAGAAGAAUCUGAUAAUAUUUGUUUGUCUGAUGAAGAAGAAGCUCCAAAGUAUAACUGGUUCAUGGAUGAAAUUAGCCUCCCACAAACAGUAGCAGAUACUGAUUGGGUUUUAUGCCAUAUUUUUGGCAAGACGAUUAAACCCAUAUUUACUGAAUCCGAAUAGGCUGCAAAGAUUUUGGAUCCUGUUUGACAUCCAACUCUUUCUCUUCACCUUAGCUUCUUAUUCUCUUCAUCACAUUUUUGUUGGAUUGUAAUGAUUCUGUUUUUAAGGAUGAUCUUUAACUGUUACCGGAAAAAAAAAAAAUCAUGAAGGAAUUUGUAAAGACUUUUGACUAAAA